GCCAAGCAGGAGACGGGGCGGAGAGGGUCAAGGAGUGCGCACGGCAGAACAUGGGGGCAGAUGACAAUGUUGAGCCUUGACAGGUGGUUUGGUUCGUCGCUUCCAUGAGGACAUCGUAUUCGACCACCACGACAGGGGUGGCCGUUGCGAGCAGGCUCGCGCGGACAACAGGCGAGGGAGUCUCGACUUGCGUGUCGCUAAAGGAAAGGCGAAACCGGCAAUCCCUUCUCGGCAGGGCAGGUCAUUACUGUUCAAUUGUUGUGGUGUGUCUGUGUGAGAGUCUCUGGGAGGACUGUGGAAAAGCUAUGACGGCUGGGAAAAGGAAGUAUGACCGUUUUGGGACGGCGCCGAGUGUGAUUUGUCCGUGGAGCAUCAUGGAGCAUCAAUGCAGCAUCGAGGCAUCGGAGAUGGAGAAGUGCCAGGAUGAACAUCCCCGUCGCGCCAGGCAAAUCACGGCGAGGAUGCUCAUAUUAGCCUGAUGUUCUCGCCCAACAGAAACGGGCGGAACUCGAGGGUGGUCUGAAUAUCACAUCAGCAAUGGCAGUGUUGCAUUCUUCAGCUGCUGCUACUGGUAUGGCGUAUGGCGGGCGAGCGGAGCUGACCCUUGUGCAGGGCGACACCCGUUAUUUGACGAGGUUCACGGCCAUUAUUGCAUGCCCAGCUACAAAAUGCCAUCUCAAGAAGCGAUUUGGAAGCCCAAGAAGCCCAAGAAGACCCAAGCCAACGCCCGUCACGCCACUGCCGAUCGACGACCGUCCGAGGUCGAUAGCUGAGGUCCUAGCGGGAUAUUAUUACACGUGAUGCUGUUGUUUGCUGACUGCGGCCCCUGCGCAG